CAAAUUUUUUUAGGUUUAAUUUUGGCAAAAUGAAUUUAUAUUUAAAUUUAUUAUUUUUGAUUUUGCAUAUAAAUUUCUGCUUCUGUGCCAUAUCCCGAAACUUGAAUGCAACACAUGAAGAUCAUCCUGGAAAAUGUUAUUGGGAAAAAGGAGAACAUGUUUUCAGCCCAGGUGAAACAUUUACACCAAUUGGAUAUUGUGCAAAAUUACUUUGUAAUGGACCAGGCUAUAUAGAAACACACACAUGUGGGGUAGAGAUGAUGUUUGAAUGUGAAAAGUUACCUAAAGAUAACACACAACCAUAUCCACAUUGUUGUACACGAUUCUUAUGUAAAUUUCCAAAUGGUACAGAAUACAUUACAACUCCACAGGCAAAAACAACAACUAUUAUAAACACAGUCACUGAAGAUUAUGCAGAAAACCAUUAA